AAAAGAGAGAGAGAGAGAGAGAGAGACGGAGUAAAGUCAAGUCGCAGUCAUGACUGCCUGCCUACCUGCACACACUAUCGAACUCACAGAGUCCGAACCAGAACUCUGGCGGUUUUCGGAUGGUCCUCCGAUCCACUGGCUACCAUCCCAGCAGUGACGGAAAAGACGUAAACCUGCCUGCUUGGCUAAGAAGCCGUUGGGAAAUGCCCAAUGACCAAAUCAUCCCGCAGCGAUCGACGUUCUCGACCGUCUUCGACCCUCCAUCCACUCCAUUUUUGUUGCCCUAUUCUCUCCCCGUUUGGUUGACGUAUCAAGAAUCGGCAAUCCUCGCCGUUCUUGUCCUCUUUGCUCCGUUACCCUCCGCACUCGCUCGUGUACUAUGUAGCCCACAUACCUCGGCCCUCCCUCCUUCUUCGGGCUCCAUGCCACCUUAUCAAAGCCUCGAUCUGCAUCUAGAACAUGCUCCCAUCUUCCCCUCCUCCGUCUGCCUCAUUCGCUGGCAACUCCGUUAUCUUGCUUCACACGACUUGACUCUCUCUCUCUCUCUCUCUCUCUCUCUCUCUCUCUCUCGUCUUACAACCACCCGUUGCACAUUCCGUCAAACUCCGUCUCACCCCAGCCACUGCACGCGGAGGCAACGUCCAACUCGCCCCUCGGUGUACUAUGCCGACGGCGACCUGUCAUCGUCACAUUGACCCCCAUACGAACUCGGGCUCCCAAAGGUCUCCUGAAUUAUUGCCAAUAGCCACCCUACCGCGUGCCUGCAACAUUGGGGAAAAGCCUGCGUGAGCCAACAUGCAGGCCGUAGUGUAUGUGUACGUGUAGACUGAGCGGAUGACACAUUGUGCGCAACACUAGACCCUUGUUCUACACCCCACGAUUCGUCGAUGCAACUGCACCACCGCUUACACAGCCCUCAGGACUAAUCUGCGUCUGGCUUCUGUGUAGUGUAAUACAAUGUACCUAGCCUA